AUGGAUCACAUGCCUUGGCUAGUUGAAAGAGCCAGCGAGGCCGGUGGUGACCCUUGUGGACACGCACUCAUGGCGUCUUGCCCUCCCGAGCCGUUCAGCGAGCUCAACGAUGAGAUCCCUUUCGGUUACAACCACGCCCAACCGGAGCAGAACAGGUCUGGCCAGCGGACGUGGGAGCUCUCAAAGGCAGACCUAGCAACUCUGCUUGACUUGAGCAAGAAACUCGACCUUGAUGGCGAGAUUACACCAGUCAUGGCAUGGGGCGUUAUUCUUCAGCAUCCACGAUUUGCGGAGCUGCGACUGGAGGACGUUCACAAGCUUUCGGACGAGCUGAAAGGCAAAGUUCGCUGUUAUGGAUUUGGUGCAGUCUUGGAAGAAUUUGAGGUCCGCGACGCGUUAAAUGCUGUCUUCUCAACCAAGCCGGAGCUCAAUGUCGCCUUUUAA